UUGUGGGAGCUGUAGGAGGGGAAGAUUUAGACACACAUACUCUCUGUCUUUGCUGUUUGUGUUACAAAAAGCAGGUCUAUACUGCAUCUUUCAGCAAAGAUACACACUUUGGAGAAAAGGCAGUUUCUCUCUCCCUCUGUUUAGUUUUGCUCUCUUUCUCACAUUCGCAGCUUGUUAUACCUUGGAGAAAAUGUCAUGGUCUUACUUGCACUCAAUCUUUCUGUUAACUUGCCAGAAUGUAACAGAUGUAACAGAACAUACAGUUUUCCUUAACAUUAAGUUGGGCUGCUGUCAACAGGGCCGCAGUACGAGACGAAAAGAAGACAAGAAGACAUCAAAUAAAAAGGAGAUGCGAGGUCAAAGAAUUGACGUAGAGCAGCUUCUCAGGCAGUCACAGACUGAACUGCUGUGGAUCCAGCGACAGCUGUCAAUCAUAGCAGCAGGAGAUGCCAAUCGUGCACGGGCCCAAAAGAAGCUGAAGCAGGAGGCCCAGCCGUUGCACCUGGCCUCUCACGCAGCCCACCAUGUGAACCGCUGCCACCUCUUAGAGGAAAAGAACAGAGCUCUUAAACUUGAGCUAGCCACUCUCAGACAGCAUAAACAGCAGCACAGAUCUCUGGAGUCAGAGGUCAACGAGCGGAGGAAGAGGUGUCAGAUCCUUGAGAGAGAAGUGAAGAAUAAGGCAUUAGAAUGUAAGACUUUGAAGAAUGAGCUUCAGGAUGCUUUGCUGGAGAGAAAACGGCUCAAUCGUGAGCUGCUUAGUCACAUCCUGAAGGCCACACAGUACGAGAAGCCGGCGUGCCACGGUUUGGCAGUCUCUUUCCGAAUAAUCCACAGGCUGCUCCCCUCCUCUAACAGCAAAAAGGGCCAUCUGUCACAACCCCAGACAAGCGUCUGAGAUAAAAUGUCUUCUGUUUAA